AUGGGAGUGAAGCGAUCCAUCGAGGCAUUCAUCGAGAACAGUCGUGAAGAUGCUGAACUACGAGUAGCCCAGACCAAUGUUGUAUCCCGCCACCUGAGCCACAUCUUCACAACCACAAAGGCACUGAAGUACUCGGCGCUGACAGAACAUGAUUUGGACACCUUAAGGAUCAAGUUGUCCGAGCAGGAUCUGGAAGGAGAAUGCUCUGCCGGCCAUCAGACAUUUUACCAGCCCCUACCAAAAUCAGAGUUACCGGAAAUUGACUGGGAAAAGGUGCACUUUUCAAAAUGGCAUGAGGGGCGCAAAAGUGAGCCCUGCCGGGUGCACUAUACGCUUCGUAGUGUUUCUGGCAGAAUCUAUGCUGCAUGGUUUCAUGAUCGCAAGCACCAAACCUGGCAUACACCAGAUGUGCCGUAUUCAUGGCAAACUGUUGAAGAAAUGGAAGCGGAUACGUUGGACAUCCCCCACUGCAGUUUCCAGAUGUACAACUACGCUGAUCCCGAAGAAGCCCUGCGCCGGAGUGAAGUCUUGGCUAUUGUCGGAUUCAUGCGAUGGCAGUUGAAUCGAUUUGAUUAUAUCGAGCAUCGCACAUUUCCGGUCCUGGUCGUUUCCAUCUUUCGCUCUCAAGCUCGAAUCUUGCAAGCAUAUCAUGACGGAGAAUAUCUCCACAUUUCAAAAAGCAAGUUUGUUGAUUUCACUGAGAAUUGUCGCGAGAAUUAUGAACUGUUUGUGCGGUGGAUCUAUAGCAUUCCCUGCGGGGACACUCAAGCUCCUUUGGCAAUCAGGGCGAGGAGUUGCCUCAGCGGAGCUACGAGCAAAUCGAUAAGGGAUUUCGUCAUCUUGUACGACAGGCAGAGGCCUACCAUAAACGCAAGAAGCUGAAGGAAUAGUUCUCGCGUGGGGAUGCAAGGGAUUAUCGGGCUCUAUAAGUGCUAGUCUGACGUUGGUGAAGGGGCCGGUAAUCGUGUAUCUAUGAAGGUGGUG